UUUCGUAAAGUUUUACAAUUUAUUUAUACUGAUUUUAAGUUAAUUUAACUAUUAUUUACAUAUGUCAUGUGUAUUUCAUAAAAAUACCCAUUAGAAUAGGAGUGAAUCGUUAUGGAAAAUAGAAGUGCAGCUGGCCUGAGACGCUCAGCAAUUGCUGAAAGAUUACGGCUUAGAGAGGAAUGGUCGGCUCUGAAGGAAAUAAACGAAGAACCAAUAACAUCUAGUCGUAAAAAUGCACUCACAAAGAAGCAGCCAAAUACUAAAAGUAAUAAAAUAUUUAAAGAAAGAACAAGAACCAGAUCCAGAGUUCCUGGCAAAGAAAAUUCACAGACCAGUUCACAGAUAACCACGAGCGAUGUUCUCCGCGGUGUUGUUGUGUUGGUGGAAGUGGGCUCGGAGUCCCGAGCGCUGGCGCUGCGGGCUGCGCUGUCUGCGCUGGGUGCAACAGUUGUGCCGGCCUGGAGCCCACUGGUCACUCAUCUAGUGUGGUCGGAAGGUGGGUGCCGCUCGGUCCGCGCUCGAGCGCGCGCCCUCGCCGCCCACGUGGUGUCCCCGCUGUGGGUGGAGGGGUGUGCGGGCGGGCGGCGCCUCCCCGAGCGCCUGUUCCCCGCCCCGCCCCGCCCCUCCGACCUGCCCUCGCCGGCCACGCUCAGGAGGAUGCUGGUCCGUGCUGAGCGCGAAAACAUACCACUAGCUAACCUGCUCUCCGACAGCCCCGAGCCGGCCAAGCGGCUGCGGGUGUCAGACGAGACCGACACCUCCCGGGAUACAUCCAAAGAUACCUCCAGGGACAAGUCUGAUGACACUCCAGGCGAGGCGGUCCGCGUGAACACGGCGCCGCGGCGCGCGCUGCCGAUGUCUACCAGCCCCGAGCCGACGGGCAAGUCCCGACGGAAACUGUUCACCAACCGGGAACUUGACGGGACCACCGAGGCCGAGUCCGAGGAGGACAAGACCCCAGCGCCGAAACAGACUAAAAUGACUCCGCGGCAGAGGAAGGAGUUGGCGACGGCCGAGCGCAUGGCGCGCCGCCUGCUCGCCCGCGGCACGCCCAAACACAGACAGACAGACACGGCGAUGAGGAUCGUUGUAACAGGCAUGUCACGUACAGAGCGACGAAUCAUAACGAAAGCGAUCAAGCAAUUGAACGGAGUGGUCCACAGCAAAGUUGACAAAAAAACUGACUGUGUGGUCCUGGGUUCAUGUUCCACACAGUGUCCAGAGAACUUAGCUGAUCUGUUUACCGAACAGCUAAAUAUUAAUAAGGGGAUUACGAACAUAUCUGGUGUAUGUGAAAUGAAUGUAAAGAAUGUAUGCAGGAAAGAUAUUUUGAUGCCUAAAAAACCUGAAGCGGAGCUGAGGACAAUAGAUUUGAUACAAGAACAAGUUCAAAAUGAAAAUAGAAGGUCAGAAUUGGCCCAACUACAAAAUAUAAGAUUAGAAUUGACCCCGGGAGCAGUGUUGACCCAGAGUGGUGUGAUCAGUCCGGAGAAACCCAGGACUGUGAACGCUCUGCUGGGAGCAGUGAGGGGCUGCAGAGUGCUGGGGGCUGCAUGGGUUUUGGACUCCGUGAGGCAGAACAGAUGGAUCCACCAUGUGGGGUAUGAGGUUAAACACCUCAUGAAGAUCUCACAGAAAGCGCGCGUCGAGCGUUCAGCGCUAGGGCGUAUGAAGCGCGAAUACGCGUACAACAUAUUCCGAGGUAUGUCUGUCCAUGUCACACGAGACGCGGAACAGAGGGUCGCCAUCUUACAACUCCUCACCAUGUGUGGCGCAGUCCUGACGGAUAAGCCAAGUUGCAAAACCGGCAUGACUCAAGUUGGCGGCACGCAAAAUGUUAGAUAUGGGCCUACAUUCAAUUAUAUGACACAAAAUGGCGGUUUCCAAAAUGGCGGAUUGACGCAAAAUGGCAUCCAAGAUGGCGCCGAUAUUACAAUAGGAGUCAACACAGGAGAGAUCUGCUCGAAGUGGGUUUUCGAUAGUAUAGCGGCGGCUAGGAUGAGAACUGUAAGGCGUUACAUAAAUAUUUAAGUGUUACAUAAAUAUUUCUUAGGGAACAAAUAUAAUGACCACCAUAAAAUGCUCCGAUACCCUAAGCUAUGAUAGCCAAAAAUAAUUACUAAACACCAA